AUGAAAAAAAAAAGAAUAACAAAGCUUACUCUGGCUGCAUGCUCCGGAAACGCGAAUAUCAACUUCAGCUCGGUCCUGUUGCGACUCGGCAUUGCUGCGCUGCAGAAGUAUGGCUACGGCGAAAGCGGUAAACGUUCGAAGAAUCUUAUGAAUCUGAAGUUGGUACAUGAUCCGUUGCAAUGCCGGACGCGUAGGAUUUUAGAGCAGUGA